AUGGCCGAAUCUCAGGAGCAGCAGCUGGUCCUGCCCAUCAUUGACUCUCACAUUCAUCUUUUCCGCGAAGCCGACCUGCCCAACCACAACUGGUACGACCCCACCAAGCCCAUCGUCUCAGGGGCGCGGUUUCUACCCGAGUUCAAAGAGGCCGCCAAAUCCGCGCCCUCACUGCUCGGCUUUGUAUUUGUCGAGGUCGACGUCAAGCAUGAUCUGGACGCCGGUGAGGAGGGCUGGAAACUGCCGUUGAAGGAGGUCGCCACGCUCAGCCGGGUGGCGCUCGGUGAGCCGAGUGAGGAGGACAUUGGCGUGGAAAAGGACGACGCCAAGCUGUGCCUGGGCAUCGUCCCCUGGGCGCCUAUGCCUUCGGGCGCCGAGGUGCUGGAGAAAUACAUCGCCAAGGUCAAGGAGACGGCCGGUGAGGCGUGGCCCAAGGUGAAGGGGUUCAGGUACCUCGUGCAAGACAAGCCCCACGGGACAAUGGUGCAGGACAAGUUCAUUGAGAGUCUCAAGCUGCUUGGUCGAAAGGGUCUCGUGUUCGAGGUAGGUAUCGACCACCACCGGCGGGGGCGGCAGCAACUGGAUGAACUGCUCGCCAUGAUUGAGAAGGCCCACGACGGCGUGCCAGAGGAAGAGAGGGUCACCUUCAUCUUGAAUCACCUCUGCAAACCAGACUUGGCCAUCUACAACAUCACAUCCGACCCGGCUUUCCACGCCUGGCGCACCGCCAUCUACACCCUCUCCACCUGCAGCAAGACGUACAUGAAGCUCUCGGGUGCCUUCAACGAGAUGCCUGCCAGCCUCCAGACGGCAUCGGUAUCGCACAUUUUCCAGUCCACAUUGGGCUGGCUGGGCAUCAUCCUGGCCACGUUCGGCGCGGACAAGAUCAUGUUCGGCAGUGACUGGCCCGUGUGCACGUACAACGAGGUCGGUGAGGAUGCAUGGGCGAAAUGGCGUGAUGUCGUGGAGAAGAUGUGCUGGAUGGCGUCCUUGUCAGAUGAGGACCGGGCCAUGAUUUUUGGUGGCACGGCAAAGAAGGCUUACGGGCUGUGA